AUGGCGGGCAUGAAGCAGUACUGGCUCGGGAACCCGGAGUCCGAUGACCGCCAGCGCUCCGCGGACGAGGUGCGGAUCAUCCACGAGAUGACGACCCAGGAGAUCGAGGCCUUCCUGGCGGCCAACCCGGUCGACACGGGGUCCGCGAAUCAGCUGAGGAAGGAGCCUCCCUACAUCGCGCUGCAGGGCUGCAGGGACCCGAGCGGGGUGCUCGUCGCGAGGAUGCGCGGAGAGUAA